CUGAAAAGCGAAGAGUCAAAAACGUUUGCUAUGAAAAUCCUGAAGAAACGGCACAUCGUGGACACACGGCAGCAGGAGCACAUCCGCUCAGAGAAGCAGAUCAUGCAGAGCGCACACUCGGACUUCAUCGUGAGGCUCUACAGGACGUUCAAGGACAGCAAGUACCUGUACAUGCUGAUGGAAGCCUGUCUAGGUGGAGAGCUCUGGACAAUUCUCAGGGACAGAGGUUCAUUUGAGGAUUCAACCACCAGGUUUUACACUGCGUGCGUGGUUGAAGCUUUUGCCUAUUUGCAUUCCAAGGGGAUAAUUUAUCGGGACCUCAAGCCAGAAAACCUCAUCCUGGAUCACCGAGGUUAUGCCAAACUGGUUGAUUUUGGCUUUGCAAAGAAAAUAGGAUUUGGAAAGAAAACAUGGACUUUUUGUGGCACCCCGGAGUACGUAGCCCCCGAGAUCAUCCUGAACAAAGGUCACGACAUUUCAGCAGACUACUGGUCACUGGGAAUCUUAAUGUAUGAACUCCUGACUGGCAGUCCCCCUUUCUCAGGCCCAGACCCCAUGAAGACCUAUAACAUCAUAUUAAGGGGAAUAGACAUGAUUGAAUUUCCAAAGAAGAUUGCCAAAAAUGCUGCUAAUUUAAUUAAAAAACUAUGCAGGGACAAUCCAUCAGAAAGAUUAGGGAACUUGAAAAAUGGAGUGAAAGAUAUCCAAAAGCACAAAUGGUUUGAAGGCUUUAACUGGGAAGGGUUACGAAAAGGGACGCUGACACCUCCUAUAAUACCAAGUGUCGCAUCUCCGACAGACACAAGCAAUUUCGACAGCUUCCCGGAGGACAGUGAUGAACCGCCCCCUGACGACAACUCAGGAUGGGACAUAGAUUUUUAACGUCUUUUCUCUUCACCUGCUUCUGCCUUGCUGAAGACAGCUUUCUGGGACGUGGCUGCCAGCGAAACCAGAUGGAUUGGGGAGGAUUAGUGCUCGGGGUCACCAUGAUGCCUUGAUUGAUGCUGCUACAGUAACUACAGUGGCAUUAGGACUUCUUGCUUAGACGACAAUAGCGCUCUUCAUGUUUUAUGUUCAGACUUUUAAAAAUAGCAGUCGACAUGGUGGUCCUGACGCAAAGCCUUUCACCAGUAAAGAAAUAUGUUUUCUAUCACUGCGAUGGUCUUGCUCCGCUUUUAAU